AAGCGGAAAGCGGAAAGCUUUGGAGGUUUGGUCUCUUGGUUGGUUUAAACCCACAAUCGGCAGACAAAGAUGAGAUGCUGUUUGUCCUUAGUGUUCCUGCUGCUGAUGCAGAAAGUUUCCCUGCUGGAGAUUGAAGGUUUUGUGGGUGACACCGUCAUCUUGCCAUGCCUUAGCAGUGGUAAAGAGCUGCCAAAUAAAGUCACCGUAUUCUGGAGAUUCAGAGACAGCGGCGCCGUGUACAACAUCGUCGACAGCAGAGCGUCGUUGGAUGAACAGGAUGCACCAUUCAGAGGCCGAGUGGACAGCUUUCCAGACGAGUGGACUAAAGGAAACUUCUCCAUCAAACUCAGCGGUGUGAAGAAGACGGAUGGAGGAAUGUACACUUGCUUCAUUCAUGAAGUCAACAUUCAAACAACAAUAUACCUGAUUGUUAAUGAGACACUGAGACCUUCUGCAGCACCAUCUGAGAUGAAGAGCGCGAACGUUCAAAUGAGACCAGACAACCUUCUGCUUUUUUCCACACUUCUGUUGGCAUUUAUUUUUUUGUACUUUUUUCUUAAAUAUAACAGUUUGUCCUUGCAUUAA